AAGUGGUUUGACAUGGCGCGGGAAGAGAGCAACAUGGAGGUCAGCGGUGAAGCAGACAUUCUCUCUCCGUCCACUUUAAAACUAUACGAGGCUCAGUUUUUCGGCUUCACCCCGCAGACCUGCAUGUUGCGGGUGUACAGCGUCUUCCAGGACUGCAUGUACGACAUCUUACCCGUGGUGGAGAAGGUGUGUGUGAGGCAGCUGAGUAAAGGCGAGUCGGACGCGGCGGAGGAGCUGCUGCGGAGCCGGGCUCGGGAGUGCAGCCGCAAACUGCAGCAGUUCCUGGAGGAGCGCUUCAAGCAGCUGUCGGAGCGGAUGGAGGCGCUGCUGGUGAACCGCUGCUUCUCUGUACCGCCCAAUGUGCUGCUGCCCGAAGACCAGACCCACAACAAAUACCCCCAGGGGCUCCAGGACAUGCUGAGGCUGGAGUCGUCCCUGACAGACAUGCAGAGAGCCUAUGAAGCAGAGGUCUGCGCCAGACAAGCGCUGCUGGCCGAGCUGGAGGAGCAGAGAGAGGUGCAGAAGCAGCUGGAUGGUAUCCGGGCUUGGGUCAGAGAGCUGCAGGCAGCCUGGGUGAAGGAAGGUAACGGCAACUUUAGUGAAAGUUUCCGACUGGUCAUGGAGUCGGUAAAGAACCUGCAAGAGGCCAUCGCAGAGGUCUACAAGAAAGCGCCUCACUGAACUGACCUCAAAUUUGAUCACAAUAUUCCUCCAGAACUUUAAUAAUGUUGUUUUUCAUUCUAUUUUUUUUUUAACAACAGCAGUGCAAUGUAAAUAAUAAAACGCAUGGAACUAUUUGUGCCAGUUAAGUUGUUUCUUUUCCCUUAAAGUCAGGUACUUUUGUUAUGUACCUCCUCUUUAAAUUGUACAUUAAACUCCACAUUAAAUGGUAAUUGAGUUCAGCACAACUCUACCUUCUUAACAAAUUGUAUCUACUUAACUUUAUGUGUAACUGUAAGGUGAUUGUGUUUGUUUUAAUUACAUUUUUCAGGAUUGCAUAAUGUUGUUGACAUUGUUUUCACCACAAUGAACAACAGCAGUGAUGGACAGCAGAGGUCGCUCUUGGCAUGUUACUACACCUGAGCCAGUCAAAUCCAUGAAUGCUGAAGCGAUCACACUUCUUGAUCAAUAUCUGAGAUAAAAAUAUUUAAUUUAAAAAAUGUAAAGUAGGAGGCAUUGGUUUAAUUGUACAUUAGGGAAAUUAGUAUGUAAAGGUUGUUAUUAUUAUUAUUUUUAUUAUUCAACCAGUUAUUUAGAAUUUUUAUAAUGGAAUUAAGUACUUUUCUACAAAAACAAGCCCAUGCACUGCCGAUGGUCAAUUUGCGGUUCUAUGUUAAACAGAAAUAAUUUAAUAAUAGAUUUUGGUAGUUGUCCCUGACUCCUUUUGAGGGUUAACGACAGAGGAUGUCACACCUUGUUAAGCCCAAUGAGACAAAUUAGGAUUUGAAUAUGGGCUAUACAAAUAAAAUUUGAUUGAUUCUGCUACAGAAA